CCGCGGAGCGCGGCCACGUGGACGGUUGUGCGUGGUGUGCGGCGGGACUGUGAGGUGCGGGGUACGAUGAGUGUGGGGUUCAUCGGCGCCGGGCAGCUCGCCUUCGCCCUGGCCAGGGGCUUCACGGCGGCAGGGGUCCUGGCCGCGCACAAAAUCACGGCGAGCUCCCCGGACACCGACCUGCCCACUGUCAGCGGGUUGCGGAAAAUCGGCGUGAAUUUCACAGUGAGAAAUAAGGACACGGUGAAGAGUAGCGAUGUCCUCUUCCUGGCCGUUAAGCCCCCCAUCAUACCCUUCAUCCUGGAGGAAGUGGGCCCCGACAUCGAGCCCCGGCACAUCGUGGUGUCCUGCGCGGCCGGGGUCACCAUCAGCUCCAUCGAGAAGAAACUCUCUACCUUCUGCCCCACACCAAAAGUGAUCAGGUGCAUGACCAACACCCCUGUGGUUGUCCGGGAAGGUGCUACAGUCUAUGCCACUGGGACACAUGCAGAUGUGGAGGAUGGGAAGCUUCUGGAACAGCUGAUGGCCAGUGUGGGCUUCUGCACCGAGGUGGAAGAGGACCUGAUAGAUGCUGUUACGGGGCUCAGUGGCAGUGGCCCUGCGUAUGCUUUCACAGCCCUGGAUGCUCUGGCAGAUGGAGGAGUGAAGAUGGGCCUUCCCCGCAGGCUGGCGGUUCGGCUGGGGGCACAGGCUUUGCUGGGAGCUGCCAAAAUGCUGCUGGAAUCUGAGCAGCAUCCUGGCCAGCUGAAGGACAAUGUCUGCUCCCCUGGGGGAGCCACCAUCCAUGCCCUGCACUUCCUGGAGAGCGGUGGCUUUCGCUCACUCCUAAUCAAUGCUGUGGAGGCUUCCUGCAUCCGGACAAGGGAGCUGCAGCAUCUGGCAGACCAAGAGGAGAUCUCCCCUGCAGCCAUAAAGAAGACUUUGUUGGAUAAGGUGAAGCAGGAGUCUCCUUCUCUGUCCGUGGCGUCUGCCAGCAAAGUCAGUCUGUUCACCAGUAAGAGCCCCAGCAGCAAGAAGAACUGACCAGGCUUCUGCAGUCCAUCUGUGCUGAGCAUCAGUCUCCUCCAUGCCCUUUUCUUUUUGUCUAAGGAAAAAUUGCUCACUCUGAAUGUUGAUGUCCCCUAGAUCUGGCUCUGGGCUUGCAGCAGCUGUGGGACAGUGUGACACUGUAGAAGAGGAUCUUUAACCUGUAGCAGAGUUAGUGCAAACUGCCCCUGGCAUUGCUGUUCUUUCUUGGGCAGGGCUGGUACCAUCACCAGAGCUUCAUCAAGGGCAUUGUUUGUCCAGAAGUCUUGGAUACUUCCAGGACUCAGGCAGUGUUUGUGGUGUCCCAUGCAGAAAUGGUUUCUACAAGGACUUUCAAGGGUUUAGAAUACCUUUUAGCCUGGAAGGUAUGAACUGGGCUUGGAUCCCUCUUUCCUCAUCUUGCAUCUGCUGUCAGAGCCUGUGUCUUGCUGGCUUUGAUAGCUAGAGCAGGUGCUGCCACACAAGCAUUACAGGCUGGGCCCUAAAGCACCUUUGAAGGGACCAAAGUGCCUCUGUCCCAUCUCCUGUCUGCCUUGAGUUUGAGACAGAUGGUGUGAACCUCUGGACCACACACUCCAUUCCUCGUUUCUGCUUUCCACCCCUUCUCUCUGUCUAGUUUGGGAAAAUGUGAACUGCUCUCACCAUCCCUCCUCUCCUGCUAGCCUGGCUUGGGUGGUUGGGCAGGUGGAGGGGUAGUGGGUGCUUCCUUUAACUCUGUCUCUGACACGUUUGUGCUCUCCAUGGGCAGAAUCUGCUCACACACACACAUGGAUAUUUUCAGUGUCACUGUGCUCCCUGGUGCUGUCCUGGCUUUUUGCUCCAGUAGCAGAGCUAAAGUCAAAGACAACCUCCUCCUCCAGAAGAGUCUUGAUGUAGGACAAGUGUUUUGGUAUCAGUGCAGAGGCUGCCUAAGGUCUUAGCAGUGUUAAAGCAUUUUUAGUGUUUGGCUUUCGGCUGUUAGCAGGGUCUGACCCUGUAGGCAUGACAGAUGGUUACUCACUCCUCUUGCGCUCUAUGUAAUAAACUGCUCUGAGGGAGCUGUGGCUAAUC